AUGAAACGAGCCAAUGAACUAGCAGACAUCGAAGACUGGGAAAGCUUUGUGCCUCCCACGGUUAACCAAAGCGAAGACCUGCCGUCCAUUGAAGAAGUCCUUAGAAUGUUUGAGCAUUUCAAAAUCACGAGGACAGCACCGCCGGCCGUUGAGGAAAGCUACGAUGAGGAAAGCGGCGAGCUCACUAAGUGGUUGACGUCAACAAUGGAGAUAUUGACAAUCAUGGGCCUAGAUGGUCUGGUGAGCGACAAACCGAGACCGAGGAAAUAUGACGAAAAGAGCAAAAAGUGGAUGAGGUUGUCAAGGCUGGUGUCUCUAUGGAUGCAGGGGACUAUUGCCGAUUCAUACAAGGUUGAACGCAUAAGACUGGAGGAUGCCAACCAAGAUAUCACCUUCGCCGACAAGUUCAUGAAAGCUGCCAAAAAACAUUACAAUUACGAACUGGCCACGGAUGUGGUGGAAUGA